UAUCCCAAAAUAAAAAGCAAAAAUCUCAACGUCUCUUUUUCGCGUCUCCGCUUCCCUCACUCACUCACUCACUCACUCACCAAACAUCCCAGCUUGCAGAACCGAAUACCAAAAGCCUCAACUUUCUCUCCAACCAAACAAGCCACCUUCCUCUUACUUUCCCUCAUUUUCCCUCUCACUUUCUUCCGUUUUCCCGCACAAUUAUCUCUCGCCGUAAAGUUCGGACUGCAACCAAAAAUUGUUGUGCAAAGCUUGCUAAGGGCUUUGUGUUGGUGGCGAUUGCCUACUAAUUCGUCGACUUCUCUGAGUUUGUAUUAUCGAGUGAGAAAUUUUCGAUUUUCUUGAAAGGCAUAUAUGGCGGGUUGUUCUUCGAGCUUUGGAAUAUCGAAUGUUGUAACCCUGCGGAACGAGGUCGUUUUGAGGAAUAUGUGGAGCCAGAAUUUGAUUUUUGAUGGCGUAAGGUUUAGGAAUGAUGCAAAGGAGCUAGCUUUGCCAGUGUUCUGUAGGAACAAUCGCUUUAGAUAUGGGGCCAAUUCCUUUUCGGUGAAGAAAGACCGGAAUUUUAUGGUCAUGAGUAUGUCUCAGCCUCAGGCUGAAUCACACUCUGAGUUGGGAGCAGUAACGGUUUCAAAUGAGGGAGCUGAUGUUAUUUUAGGAAAUGAAACGAGGAUUUUGGAGAAUGGGUAUAGAUCAAAAACCGAGAAUGGUGUGCUUGAUGGUAGUGGUGGUGAUGGGAAAUACACGAAUGGUAGAGGAGGAGGGGGUGGUGGUGGUGGCGACGAUGAUGGGGAUGAUAAAGAAGAAGAAGAGUUUGGGCCACUUAUGAAAUUUGAAGAGGUUAUGAAAGAGACAGAGGCUCGAGGGGCUAGUCUUCCCUCGGAUAUGAUAGAGGCUGCCAAGAGUGUGGGAAUUAGAAAAGUGCUUCUCCUUAGAUAUCUGGAUUUGCAGGGGUCAGCCUGGCCUCUAGGCUUUUUAAUGAAGUCAUGCUCUAUGCUUCGUGAUCGAAUGCUAGCCGAUCCGUCAUUUCUCUUCAAAAUUGGAACAGAGAUAGUCAUUGAUUCUUGUUGUGCUACAUUUGCGGAAGUUCAAAAGAGGGGCAAAGAUUUCUGGGCAGAAUUUGAGCUGUAUGUUGCAGAUCUUUUGGUUGGGGUGGUGGUUAAUGUUGCUUUGGUUGGGAUGUUGGCACCUUAUGCUCGUAUUGGGCAACCAUCAUUAUCAAAAGGGUUCCUUGGGCGCUUGCAGCAUUCUUAUGGAGCUCUCCCUAGCAGUGUAUUUGAAGCUGAAAGGCCAGGGUGUAGGUAUUCUGUAAAUCAGAGAAUUGCAACUUACUUUUUUAAGGGCAUCUUGUAUGGCUCAGUAGGCUUUGGAUGUGGUAUCAUUGGACAAGGAAUUGCAAACUUAAUCAUGACUGCCAAGCGGAGCGUAAAGAAAUCAGAAGAGGACAUACCCGUGCCACCUCUAAUUAAGAGUGCAGUUCUUUGGGGUGUUUUCCUUGCUGUCUCUUCCAACACCCGCUAUCAGAUCAUCAACGGACUUGAACGCUUGGUAGAGUCAUCACCUAUGGCAAAGCAGAUCCCGCCCGUCGCAUUGGCUUUCACGGUUGGUGUACGGUUUGCCAACAACAUCUAUGGUGGAAUGCAGUUCGUGGACUGGGCUAGAUGGAGUGGGGUUCAAUAACUUAAUGACCUUCAGAAGGAGAGGUUCUCAAAUGCACAAGAAGCACAAAAUCGCCAACGAAAUUUGGUCCCUCAAAAACUUUCCGAUCCCUUAGGUUUAGUUUCAUCCCCAAUGCUUUUAUGUGUAAUAUGAAAAAUGCUGAGCAGAAAGUCUUGUACAAUCAUGAUGGCUGCAUUUAUAGAUGAUGCCGAUAAUAAAACCUUAGUUUCAUGCAUUUUUUGCCUGUGCA